CCAGUCCGAGUACGACUGACGCCCACUACUCCGGACUCUGCCUGCACUCACACUGACUCUUCCCAGUCACUAGUACUACCACUCCUCACUCACACUCCAACUGCCACUCACAAUCAUAACCACAACCACUGCUUCCUCUUCCAUUUCUAUCCACUCCAACCGAUCACCGACCACCGACCGCACCACCACUUUUAUUUCUCCUCCCCGACCUCACCUUGUCCUCAUUUGUCCUCGCGCAGUCCCCUCCAUAUCUUCAUUUCUACCCAUUCUCAUUCUCAUCUGUCCCUCAUCUCUAAUCCUCGAGUCUCUCGUUCCCCCCCAGUCCGUCAGGGUUUUUCCCUGGCGUCUGCAUGAAAUUUCUACCACUCAAAAAUAAUCACCACAUCUCUCACACUCCAGAGCCCCCUCGCAGUCUGUCCACCAGCUGACGAACCUCUCCUACGAGUGACCUUCCUUCUUCCUCUAUCGACCUUCCUGCUCGAGUCCCGGCUCCUCCUCCUCGUCAUCCUCCUCCUCCCACCACUGACCCUCGGUGUCUCAGACGCCGCUUUGUGCACCGUUUCCUCCCCGCCGCCAAUGAGGCUCGAAGCCUGACUGAGAUCUCUCUCAGACUAGUCUCCCUGUCCUGCGGUCGAACCCACCUCUAGACCUUCGUCUGCUCAGAUCUGCCCAAGUCAUCAUCACAUCAAUUCAACCUUGCCUCAUCGAGCCUCGACGACAAUUACACCGUCGACUAGUCAAGACAUCCCAACCACAGACUUUGUUAGCCACUUGGUUGCACGGAUCAUACGUAUCUCGGGUUGUGCCUUGACCUCAACAUCAUCUGGGGUGCUCUGUUACGCAAAGUUCAGAGCCAGAGGACCAAAGUCAAAUCAGCUUCGUGCUGGGUUCGCGCACUUGCGACCUUGCAUUGGUCACUCAACACUACAGCCAGCACAGUGCUGGUGAGGGGUAACUAGUUCGAGCAGAAAAUCCUCCCUUGAGGUUUUGGUCCUUCGAUCUCGAUACGGUCAUGUCUGCUUCAACUUCAACCGCUGUGCCGGUUUUCUCAUACGCACAGGCUGCAAAAGGUCUAGCUCCAGCAUCCUCCCAGGCCGCCUCGAGAAAUGAGGUCCCAACUUCGGACAAGGCUGGUAAAGACAAACCAACCCAAGCUGUAGCUUCAGUCCCUACUCCCAAAUCUUCUCAGCCGGCUUUGGGAGGCGACGGCAAGUCAACUACAGUCGAUUCAGCCACUGCGAGCUCCACACCAGACAUCCUGGCAUCCAGCGAGGUCGGACAGAAAACCACUGAAAACUCGCAACAAGAGUCGCAACAAACUCCACAGAAUGACACACUGGCCAAGGUUAAUGGUGUAUCGCCUAACGCUGCGUCAGCCCAAGAUGUGCAGAGCAAUACGAGGCCUGCCCUGACCAAUGGUCGAGCUGACUCUUCUGAUCGCUCUCCCACCGUUGCAACACGCGAUGAUAGCUCUCAGAGCACUAGCGACAAAAAGACAAAAGACACAGAUGAUGAUUGGGAAAAGGUAUCUAAUCCUUCGAUAGCGCCGGAAAAGGAGCUCAAGGCUGCUCCCAUUCCAACUGUCAACAUCUGGAAACAGAGACAAGAGGCACAGGCGGCAAAGAAGAAAGAAGUCACCGCUACUCCUGCGACACUUCCGAGCUCACAGCAAAAGCCGAAACCAGAAGAGAACAAGCGUAGGCCAUCAACCAAGGAUCAGCCUACCAUUGAUCGAGAGGGUCGAAACGGCGAGGUUGGCCGUCCCGGCGUCCGCAAGGACAAUACAUCCACUCGCUCUCCUCGAUCCAUUUCCAGACAGGGUGAGACUCAAACCGAGUCCGAAGCACCUCCUACCGUCGGCGACUCUCAGUCAUGGCCAACUCCCGAAAGUUCGAUGCCCGACGAACGACGCAAGUCAUCAAGCUAUGAGAAAGUGGAUAAACCGGAUCCCAAAUUCAACGUGCAAAAGUCUCACGGCAAGAGCUGGGUCUCCGUGCCAUUUGUACCAUCCGCAAAAUUUGAAACUCAACUCCCCCCAGCGGCUGCCCGUCGAGGUGGCCGGGGCUCUGCCAGGGGUGCUCGAGACGCUGGUGCACGAGGAGCUACAGGCAAUGUUACAGAAAAGCAAGAAACCAGUGGUUUGAUGGGACCCCCUCCAAUUCCUAGACCUUCUGGUGAGCAAGACCGUGGACGUAGGUCCGAAGGUCAGAGUGGUGCACGCGGUGCGUCCGUUCCCACUAGUUCAACGGCAAAUCGCCAACCAAACGGCGACGAGAGCCUAGCCACUAUCGGACAGCGAUCUUUGGCUAUGGACAAGGAAUUUAUUCCCAGCGAGAACGCUACGACAUCCAACUCUUCGCAUAUCCGCGAUCAAUCUGCAAAGACAACAAUGAGCUCCAGAUCAUCCUCUGGACACACUGGUCAUGCCGGCCACCGAGCUUCAGAUGGUAACACUAACUUGAACGAUCAAGCCAUGGGCUAUUCCCAUGUCUCUGAGCAGGGCACGAGGCAGUCCAGUUCUGGUGAUAGGUUCAAAGGCGUUGGAGCAACGUCUGGCCCACCCCGUGGCAACGGAGACUUUGCGAGAGAUCGUACGGCUGUAAGAAAUCGUGAAUGGUCACGAGACAAGCCGGAAAAUGCACGUGAAAAGGUCGAGUCUUGGAGAGAUCGAGAGAACUCUAAUGAUCAAGGCAGCCGUCGCGACACCCGUACUGAGCGUGGGGGCCGUAAUGGACCAUUCCGUGGAGCACGGGGCGGCCAUAGCUUCGGUUCUACAUAUGGUUCACACACUUCACCACUGCCUCAGAAUGGGUUUGAGCCAGCUAGGUCAACCUCUCAGUCUGGGACGCGAUCGAGACAAUCCUCGCAGCCCUUUGUUCCAACCCAGACGGCCACAAAUCCCCGUCAGAAUCCACGAUCGCAGUCUAUUCCGGUGCAAAUGGUGUAUCCCCAAUACUAUCAGACUGGUCACAACGUUGCGCAUGGUCUGCCACCGCUGCAGACUGAUGGUUACGGAUACCCACAGAUGCCCCUGCAACCAGGCAUUAUGAGCGCAAUGCCCUACAACGAGCCGUUGAAUCAGUUAGCGUUGAUGUCAAUGGUCGUGACUCAGAUUGAAUACUACUUCUCGAUCGACAACCUUUGUAAGGACGUUUUCCUACGCAAGCACAUGGAUGGUCAAGGCUGGGUCCCUCUGAGCGUCAUCACCAACUUCAAGAGAAUCAAGACUCUGACUGAGGAGAACAUGGCAAUCGAAACCCUACGUUUUAUCUGUCAGACCGUCAGAAGCGUCGAUUUUCUUCCUGGUAUUGAUGGCGAUGACCGUCUCCGUAGCCGGGAUAACUGGAGAGAUUUUGUGCUUCCCCCAGAGGAGAGAUUCGAGUCUGCUCGGCACGAUGGGCCUGUCCACGCACCACAGCAGUACAUGCAAAUUUACCCAGGCGCACACAACUCGUUUGAGGGUGGCUUAGAUGCUGAACAAGCACAGAGUCCGCCUCCUAUUGGAGGUGGUGUGCCCAAUGGUGUUUUCAGCCAUGGGUCGCCCCCUACGUUCACUCCAGGACUUCCCAUCGAUCUUCACUCGACUAACGGCACUUUCAUCCCACCCAUUGAGGAUUCUCUGGCUGCUGACAUGCGCCACCCAUCAACCCAGACUGUUCCUCCUCACAUCCCUGCCACGCUUAGGUCUCCACCACUUCAAGGCUCACCGUCACAAGUUGCUCACAUCAACGGACAUCGUCGUCAGUCGUCUCGCUCAGAUAUCGAAGCGAAUGUUUUCCCAGACGAAAGCAUUCCCAACAUCAAUAUUCGUAUGCAACAACGUACAGCAAGCACGAAAGCUGAGACAGUGGCUCGCUCCUCUCAAGUGCAGGUGGCAGCGCAAGACUCCAACGGCGUGGCCCAAGAAGCAUCUGAUCCAAGCACACAGCAAGGUGCACCCAGCUUACGGGGUGGUGCAGGGAGCCUGGAACAGUAAGCCGGCACUUCUUGUUUGAAGUCAGUGAGCUAAUCAUGGCAGACUGGAGCAAUUUCGCACCACAUCAUUUGCGAGCAUGAAAGGAAUUUCGUUUGGAGAAGAAAGCUCAGUUAUGUAUUACACGAGGGACGGCCAUGAGACACAGCUUCCUCCUCCCCGCCCGGGUGAAUACGACCAAGACUAUCUGUCAGUGCGUGACGCUGCAUUUGAGCAAAAGCAACACGGGGUGGAGGGAGCGCUGGAGCCCCUUUACUCCUUCUGGGUUGAUUUCCUCAGUGCCAGAUUCAAUCUUGGAAUGUACGAGGAGUUCAAGACUGCUGCAUUGGGUGAAGCGGACGCCAAUCACGUCAAUGGCAUCCUUCACUUGAUUCGCUACUACACCAAGGUGUUGAAUGGAGAAGUGGCCAUCAGCGAACGCAUUGCGUCUGACAUGGUGUCCAUUGCAAGAUCUUACCAGGUCAAUGAUCGUGUGUUGUUCCAGACUCUGCGAGCAGCAUGGCGAAACGGAGCUACAAACAUGAAGACGAUCAAGCGACUGGGUGAUCACUUCACCGCGGAAGAAAAAGCGGAGCUUGACAAGAGUGGCUGAAGGUCCGACAACAGUAGCAGGUCUUUUAGCAUUGCGAUGUGCCGAAACCAUGUCAUGAUGCAAGAUUUGCGAUUUCGGACACAUCUAUGUACUGGUGGACGCUAGGGCGAGGUGUCGCUCAAGGCCGAUAUGGUCGCCGAAUCGAGCGACAGCAUCUUGGAGUCAUGAUUGCCAUCUGACCAAGACAGAUGUGCAAUUUGUCGGUGUUGUGUGCUGCUGAGAUGUAUGUUUUGCCGACCUGGUUGUUGGGCCACGGCGGCCAUCCUCAACUGAUACCUUUUCUUUGUUUUGUGCUGCAUGGGCUGGCGCUAUUGGUGGUCUGAUUCAAGCGGCAGGCCUUUGCAAGAUUCAAAGGCUUUGUUGUGGCAGACAUACGACCAGUCAUGAUUGAUUUACAACAUACCCAGGAUGACUUGUUGACUCUCAUCUCUGUGGAACGGGACGAGUAUCCCUCUUUUUAUUUUUGCUGCGUUCUUGCAUAGACCAACAUGGGAGGAAGGGGAGGGACGGACGAGUUGAAGGACACUGGGGCUGCCCAUGAACAAUGUCGAUGGGCAGAUGUGAGUGGUGGCACUGGAUUAUUCUAGCUUGCUCGAUACCCUGGAGGAGCCUCGAUUGUGAUCUGAGCAGGACAUGCCAAAGGUCAGGUCAGGGCAAUGUCAUGCCAUGCCAGUCAACGACGGUGCUUUUUUCUUCUUCUAUUUGUUUCAUGGUCAGAGGUACCAUGGAUGUGUUCAAAUGGCCAGCCAUAUUGCAUGGAAAGCAUGGAGCGCAGGAAAUCACAUGUGUGGGCAAAUGUGGCCGAGAUGCCACUCUUCCUCUUCCUCAUCCUCAUCCGUUUGUUUCUUUAAUUGUACGCCGACUGACAGCAUGAAAGAGCGUCAAAGACAAAAGUUUGUACACAGUAUCAUGAGAUUAAAAAAAAGCUUGUUGGGGAGAGUUUUUGAUGGAGUUUUUGAUUGUGAUUCUAGUCUGAACUAGAGUAAAGGGCAUACAUAGCUGUGGCCCUAGAUAGCAGGGCUUGAAGCCGUCAACUGACGAUAUUGACGUGUGUUGUUCACGGCCACAUAUAGGCCAUGGAGUGCGUUGGGAGAGGAGCAGGCAGGUAGGCAUGAACGGUUGAGCUCUGUGUGAGAAAUUGAUAGAGAGGAUGGAGAGGAUGAGUGUCGCAGCCAGGACACAUAUCAGAUUGCUCUUGCUCCUUCCUGCCUUUGCCCUGGAUCAGCCAGAGUCCGACAAACAAGGCAGUUGCGGUUGCGGUUCAAAUGCCAAGGGCCAAAGGCCAAGUAACCACGACGGAAGCCUCGAUUUCGAUCGGUGUUACUCCUCCUGCAACACAUCCUUGUAGACACAGACAGGCUCUAGUCCAGAACAUCAUCAUUGCUGCGAUGUCCAUCCAUCCUUCCUUGAAGUUCUGUCAGCCUCCGGAGACGCACACACACACAGUCAUCGAGUAGAGUCCAG